AUGAACGACAGCACGGACAGGCCGUACACCCAGACCAACGGACAUGGCCACGAUUCCGAGGCGGCACAACGAACACUUCCACAGGUGCUGCCACAGGCGCCGGCGCCCAGCUCUCUCGCCUCCGCCCAGCCUCCCUCGCUGCCAGCGUGGGCCAUGACGGAAAUCGAACGCGCCAACGCAUACGUCCUCGAAACCAAGGCCCUUGCGGAAGCGGCGGCAUUGGCAGCGGCCUCGGUGCAGCGGCCUAGUAAGAAGGCCAAGGUAUCGGAAUUGAAGACCCAGUGUGAGGCAUUGAAGCUUGACGCGACCGGGAAAAAGGAUACACUGUAUAAGUGA